GUCAGAUCUACCCCGCGACAAGUUUCGCUCUGUAUACUGCCGUCCACCAGCUCUCCCAUAAGCAUAUGAGGGCUGCAGAAUGGCUCCAGAGUCGUUUGGUCGAGUCGCGCCGGUCGAGCGGAAAAUCCCGGCAGCCAUGGCGCCUCCACAGGCACCCAACCAGCCGCCGCCCUCAACGUUGGCCGCGCAGCUCGUCGAGAACUUUUCUGCCUCGGUGCGGUCUUCCCGUGCUGCAGACGAGACCGCCGAGCUGCAGAAGUUUCUGCCGGUAAUAGAGCGUAUAAAAAACGAUCCUGAGCUGCUCAAGACGGCUCAGGAUCGCAUCGAGCACAACCACAUGCUGAUAUACGUGUUUGGACUCAUCUCGCUCGACGGCUUGAAAUGGGGCGACCCGUUCGUCUCGCGUGCUCAGAUCGAGCAGCUUGAGGGCGAGACCCUCAAGGCAGUCAACUUCCUCAAGAUGACCAUCCGCGAGACCCCUGCUGUCCUGGCUUACGUCGCGGAGGAGGGCACUUUUCUGUUCCGCAAGAGCGAGCCUCUGUGGCUUUGGAUCUUGCCGAGGGUCUUGAGGCUUCUAGGCAUGGAGAUGGCUUCCGCAUUGGCACGUCCCAUCGAGGAGCUUUGCCGUUUUAUUUUGCUUACUGCGAACCAGCACUGCGAUUUGUGGGGCCAUACUGCCGGGAUUCUGCGCUACCUCCAAGGAUGUGUUGACUCUAUUCUCGGCCACCUCUUUGAAUCUCCCCUUCUCAGUGUAAAAUCUUCUUUCUCCUCAAAACUACCAACGAAAGAUUUCUUGCCAGACGCGUCCUUCCAGGACUGCACCUACAAGGUAGCUACCGUGAAACAUGCACUUGGAAACGCAUGGUCCGUACUUCGCACAAUAUGCGGCGCCGUCGCAUCGACCGGUCAACCUGAACUGGCUCUUGCUUCACCUUUCCAACAAACCAUACCAUGGCUUAUCGAUUCGUUGCAGUCGUACUACGGCGUGCAUGAAAGCUAUGCAAUCGGCUUGGAUGUUCAGUCGGUCGCCGUUAUACAAUGCCUUGUGGAUUUGAUAGCGUCUCAAUACACCCCAUCGCAUGCCGCAAACAGCGACCUCUACUAUAAAGCGCUUAGUGUCUUGGUUCUUUUGUGCGGCCGCCUGCUGGAACCGGCCUCAGAGGUCUUCGCCACCGAUGACAAUGGUAUAGCGGCCAGGAAAGUCUUUAGUUUUGCUCUUGUCUACAUCAGUCAUGCUGCAGUUAGAUACAAACCAAUUAGCCGGCUUGCCUUUUCGCAGAUACUCAACCCAUUGGGCGCACUGUCCUCACAGAUCAAUGAACUUGGACCUGGUACAGACAUUAUGCAUUGCAUAAGCCUCCUGAACAACGCGACCUCUAGUACAGAUCUAGAGAGCUUCCACGCCGGCGUCCAGCUCGACAGUUUUGUCGAACCAACACUCAGGCAAUGUGUUGCAAAGCUAAAGCUUUAUGAACAACCUGCCGGUGCAUCUCAGCCAUCGGCUAAGCGCAGGAAACUUUCAGCAGAGCCUAGAUUCCUACCUCACCUCUUAGACUCUAUCUGCAGAAUCUUCAAUGCGGAUGAAUUACGAGACUACACCUUGCUUGAGAGUCUUAUAUCGAACGGCUUCUCCUCACUCGAUGAGCACCAGGCUUGUCAAGUCCUCGAACUGCUUGCCUCUAUAUCCUGUGCUACCGACAAUACCCUGACCACCACCAGCAGCCCUUCGAACACGCAAAAUGUACACUGUAAAUUUUGCUCAGUCUAUGACAGGGGGCGCAAGACACCAUUGUGUCUCGACAUUAGCGCAAAGUCUAUGGUUGCCAAGGUCUUUGGGCGAAUCGUCAAGCUACCGUCUUUAACCAAUUCCAAGAAGUCCAGAGUUGUGGCCAUGAUGGCCUUGAGGAAAGUAGCAUCGCAUACUAGAGACCCCGAUCUCCUGGAUUUGGAAAAGUCGGUGACUGGUCAUUGGUGCCUUCAGUCACUGAACAGUUCUGUAAGAGAAUUGCGUAUUGCGGCUGGGAGAACCCUGUCCGUGUUUUUGCAGGAUUCCGAAACAGCAACACCGGGGACCAGGGACCUCGUCGCGCGGAACAAGUCGCUUGCACUUGGUCUUCUGAAGAGUCUUUCUGACAAGAACGUUGCCCACCUAAACGAAACGUGUAUAAUGGCAUGGGGCCAGGUUGGGGUGAUUGUGUCUGAUGAAGGAUUGAGCCUAGUCCUCGUCAAACUACUCGACUUUUUGGGGCACAGCAAUACAAUGGUUUCGGCGUUCGCUUUCAACGAAAUAUUGAACCUUGUGGCUGCUCGUAAAACAACACCCCGGCGCUUGUUCGACCCAUUUUGGAGGAGUAUAGCCUUCUCAACCGUCAAAGACAUGAUCUCUAGGCCUCAAACCACACGGCUUACCGCAGAGCUCCUUCAAAUCAGCGUCACGGAUCACUUGCUUUCGAUUCAGCAGUACGCUUUGCCAUGGCUUGUCUUGACCAAGAAGAAGGAGAUUGUACAAAAGAUCGCUGAGGCUCGUGGCGAGAAAGCUGCGUGGCAGCCUAUUCUAGACUGCAACAACCUUGGCUACAUCCUUGCAUUGCUACUUGUCCAAGAUGUUCCUGACACACACGAGUUUGUCUUGAGUAGCUUACGGCAAAUUUCGUCCCACUUCAACAAUACAGAACUUGCUGCCUUAAUUGCGGCAGACCCUGUCAUUACGGUGCUAGAAAUCCUGCGAGAUUCAGGUGAAGGCAACGAAGAGAAGAAAACUCGUGCCCGCUCCGCUCUGUUGCUCAUGGCAGAGCUUACCUUUGACGACCAUCUGAAGCGAGAGUAUAAGAAGAAAAGGGCUAUGGUUGCUCGGUAUCUCCAAAUCCAUGCGCUAGGCUUGACAGCAACUAUCGCUGAAACCCUAAAGGAGAGUUCCUCCACACAUUACCCCGUUCAUGAGAGGAAAAGAUCCCUUCGAGCCAUGGAGGAAAUGAUCAAGCUAUGUCGUUUCUUCAUCAGAAUUGCCAGGCCCCAAAUCACUGCAGUUCUACUUACCGCCCUGGCAUACGACGAGCUCAGAUCCGCGGCCAUGUCCUGCUGGGCCGUGCUGCUCACGAAUCUCGAAGAUGACGACGUCGACGCUUUGCUGGAAACCACUUUCUUCAUUAUAGGGCAAUAUUGGCAACUUUUCGAUGAAAUAACCAAAACCGUCUGCCAGGAGAUCUUGGACUCCCUUCUCGCCAACAACCAAGAUAUGCUCAAGGCAAAAAUCUAUGAGCUGCCAUCUUUUGCCCAGCUUUCCGAUCUUGCUGAUGUCGAAGCUCGUCUCAACUCUCUCAGGACUCCCCUGAACCCUAGAGAGGCCUUCUUGAUAUUCGCGAAGAGGAUCGGGAACGAAAACCCCGGCGUUGUUCUUCAAGCCCUCAAGGAGCUGUCACCUUAUUUGCGCACGAAUCAGUCCUACUUGCAGACAUCGGCUAUCAGUGAGAAGCCUGACAACUCGGCCACUACUCUAAUGCGGGCUCUGCUCGAUUGCUCGGCCAGGUACAACGGCGUCCAUCUCGAAAUCAGUAGGCUAUGUGUUCAGUGCCUUGGGAACGUGGGCUGUCUUGAUUCAAAUCGACUGGAAACCGUUCGAGAGAGCCGCCAGUUCGUUGUCGCUAGAAAUUUCGAGGAUGCUGGCGAAACUACCGAUUUUGUCUUGUUCGUGCUAGAGGAGAUAUUGGUCAAGGCAUUUCUUUCAGCGACCGACACCAGCUUUCAAGGUUACUUGUCCUACGUCAUGCAGGAGCUUCUCGAAAGGACCGACUUCAAGACAGCCUACGCACUCAGAGGGGGUGAAGGCGAGCAUAUAUACCAGAAGUGGUUGACGCUACCCGAGAGCGUACGAGAAGUACUGCAGCCCUUCAUGAGCUCUCGGUACCGCGUAAACGCUAUAGCGACUGGCAAUAUUGAGUAUCCUCUUUUCCGCCCCAACAAGCCGUAUGCCAACUGGCUCCGGACGUUCGUAUUCGACCUACUGCACAAGGGCCAGAAUCCUUUUGCGCAGAUAUUGUUUGAACCGCUGCGGCGUGUCAUCAAAGUGAAAGAUCCGAUCGUCUCCGAAUUUCUGCUUCCAUAUCUGGUGGUCCAUAUAGUGGUUGGGGAUGACACGGUUCAGAGAGACCGCAAGAACGUGCUCGGCGAGUUGAAGGGCAUUUUGCAACUGGAGCUGCCAGACAAUGCCUCUUACGCGGAGCGGGAUAACAUGAAGCAGUAUUGCGAGGCGGCCUUCCGGGUUUUAGAUUAUUCAAUGAGAUGGCUACAGGCACGAAAAGCGCAAACCAAACAUGAGGACAGUCAUAGCCGUGAAGCAAUACGGAGAGUAGAGCAGCUUAUCAACUCAAUACCGGCUGACCUUCUUGCAAGACGAGCCAUGGAAUGCGGACAGUAUGCAAGGGCUCUGUUUCACCUCGAGCCACACGCUGCCAAGAUGCGGGACAACGCCAAGGCUGACCCAGACGAGACAACACGUUUGAUGUCAGAGCUGCAGUUCAUAUAUACGCAAAUCGAUGAACCAGAUGGUCUGGAGGGUAUCUCGGCCAGCCUAGGCGUGGUCGAUCUCAAUCAGCAGAUUCUGAGCCACCGAAAAGCAGGUCGAUGGUCACAGGCACAGUCAUGGUACGAAAUACAGCUGGCGGAGGAGCCUGGGAAUGUGGAUGCUCAGCUUGACCUCCUCAACUGUCUCAAGGAAUCUGGGCAAUACGAUGUUUUACUGAACUACGUGGAAGGCAUCAAGACAACACCAACCACGAUUAAUAGGAUCGCUCCGUUCGCCGUAGAAGCGUCAUGGGCAACAGGCCGAUGGGAGACAGUGCAAAAGUACCUGGCCUCAUAUAACGCGGGUGAUACCACUGAGGUUUUCAACCUCGGAAUUGGCCAAGCCCUUAUUUGUCUGCGAGAAGGACGCCGUGACCAGUUCCAUGGCUACGUUCAGCUUCUCAGGGACAGAGUUGGCUGGUCGCUAUCAUGGUCAACUACCUCUUCCCUGCAAGCCUCUCACGAUGCGAUGCUGAAGGCACACGUACUUGCGGACUUAGAGCUCAUCGCAGAAAAACAUGGGGUUGCUGAUGGCGACACUGUGAACCAGCAAGAUGUGUUGACAACACUUAAUCGUCGUCUAGAGGUCAUUGGUGCUUAUGUGAACGACAAGCAAUAUGUUUUGGGCAUCAGAAGGGCGGCAAUGGAGUUAAUGCGCCCUGGUUUUGGCGAUGGCGACAUAUCUUCGCUCUGGCUGACAAGUGCGCGCCUAGCAAGGAAAGCUGGAUCAAUGCAUCAGUCUUUCAAUGCAGUACUCCAUGCACACCGUUUAGGAGAUGGACUGGCCACAAUCGACAACGCCAGAUUAUUGUGGAAAGAGGGCAACCACCGCAAAGCCAUCCAGGUCCUGCAGAGCGCCAUCAAAGGCAACAACUUUGUAGGCCCCGGUCUGGGCUCCGUCCCACCCACAUCGAGCAAAAAUCCCGAAUCAGAGAAGAAGCUCCAGACCGCCCAAGCACACCUGCUACUGGCGAAAUGGCAAGAGUCUGCCGGCCAGACCCAUACCAGUGCCCUUCGCCAGCAAUUCCAAAUUGCGGCAAAAACACACUCGCAGUGGGAGAAGGGCCACUACUACCUUGGCCGCCACUACAAGAAGGUGCUCGAGUCGGAAGAGGCACUCAAGCCUGACGACCAGAGCGACGAAUACCUGAGUGGUGAAACGGCCAAGCUGGUCAUUGAGAACUACAUUCGUUCUCUUAAUUACGGAACAAAGUACCUCUACCAGACCCUACCGCGGAUCCUUACUCUGUGGCUAGAGCUCGGAGCUCGAGUAGAUAAGGCACCGGAGGGCAAGGUGUCGCUGUCGCGCGAAUUGUAUCAGCGGCGCAAGCAGCAGCUAGAGGAGCUGCACAAAUACCUUACGAAACACAUGCAAAAGAUGCCAGCAUACAUCUUUUACACGGCACUUCCCCAGAUUGUAGCACGAAUAGCCCACCCCCACCCGGCAGUAUUUCAGCUCCUGCAAUCAAUCAUAGUAAAAGUGAUCGAUGCGCAUCCUCGACAGUCCUUAUGGAGUCUGUUGGGCGUAAUGACCUCAAGAAUUCCUUCCGAGAGGCGCAAUCGAGCUAUCCAGAUCAUCUCGGUGCUGAUGAAAUUUGGCAACGGCAGGAGGGUGGAGGGUGCUAGCUUUGAUUUGAAGCAGCUCAUGCGGAUGGGCGAGAAGCUGGCCGAACAGCUUCUGACAGCAUGCAACAAUGGCGAUUUCCAAAGUAACAGGACAACAGUUGCCAGUCUCAGCCGGGAUCUAGGCUUCAACUCUAAAUGCACGCCGUGUCCUUUGGUAGUUCCCAUCGAGAAAACUCUGACGGCAACUUUGCCAGCCCUGACGGACAAUGUUCGGAAGCACAAGGCUUUUAGCCAGGAUCUGAUUACUUUGGAUUCGUUCCUUGACGAAGUCUUAGUUCUGAGUUCGCUGGCCAAGCCGAGAAAGCUACAGGCUCGUGGGUCGGACGGCAAUAUCUACGGGGUGCUGGUCAAGCCCAAAGACGACUUGCGGACGGACCAGCGUCUGAUGGAGUUCAACGGCAUGAUCAACCGGUCCCUGAAGCGCGAUGCUGAAAGUAGUCGAAGGAGACUGUACAUCCGAACCUAUGCCGUCACACCGCUGAACGAAGAGUGCGGCAUCAUUGAGUGGGUUGAUGGACUCAAGACUCUCCGAGAUAUCCUACUCAACAUCUACAAGGCCAAAGGAAUCUCCCCUAACUACGGGCAGAUCCAGACGCUGAUGCGUGAUGCUGCAGCCGGAGAUGGUAAGAACAUCAAGGUUUUCACAGAUCAGAUCCUUGCAAUGUUCCCUGCGGUGCUACCAUCAUGGUUCGUGUCACAGUUCCCGGAGCCAUCGGCAUGGUUCGCUGCUCGUCUCAAAUACACGAGGUCUUGUGCGGUCAUGUCCAUGGUGGGCACAAUCCUGGGCCUCGGAGACCGGCACGGCGAGAACGUUUUGCUUGAGGAAGGGAAUGGUGGCGUCUUCCACGUUGACUUCAACUGUCUCUUCGACAAAGGCCUGACGUUUGCGACUCCGGAGCGCGUACCGUUCCGACUGACGCACAACAUGAGGGCCGCCAUGGGCAUAUACGGACACGAGGGUCCCUUUCGCAAAUGCAGCGAGCUGACUCUAAGUAUCCUCCGGCAACAAGAGGAAACGCUUAUGACGAUUCUCGAGGCUUUCAUCUACGACCCGACGCUGGACCUUCAGAGGGACAAGAAGCGCGACCGGGUGGGUGGGCACGGCACGGUGAGGCUUAACCCGCACAGCGUCGUGGAGAGCAUCAGGCGCAAAGUCAAAGGGUUGUUGCCAGAGGAGAGCAUCCCGCUGGGAGUCGAGGGGCAGGUGGAGGAGCUGAUAAAGCAGGCCAUCGAUCCGAGGAACUUGACGGCAAUGUAUAUUGGGUGGUGUCCGUUUUUGUGAGACUGAGCGUGACUUAAGAUUUAGUUUUCAUGUUGCUUGGCACUUUGUUGUUUCGGUUUAUCUUUCUUGGGCUAUUUAGCGCAGGGCAUGGCGGGUGUAUUUAAUACUGUGAGCGUACUAAAAAGGUGACGGGUUGUCAUCAAAAGACAUGGUAGAGGGUGUAAAUCUGAAAAUGUCCAACGGUUCAUGCAGCGGGGCACUGUAUCUGUACUUGACGGGCAAGACUGAAUAUAAAUUAAUUGAUAAUAACUCCUUCC